AUGAGUGUCUCGGAGAAAACACUUCAAAAGCUGCCCUGGAACCGCCUCGGGCUCGCGAAGACUGACGCCAAUCUCGAAAUUCUGCUCAAAUGCGGUCAGUCGUUUCGAUGGACGAAAAUCGAACACCCCAACAACAAUUACUGGAUAAUUGGCAUGGAAGGGAGAGGAAUCGUGCUCAACCAAAAGGACGAUGAUACAAUGUGGGCCGAGGUGAGCGACAAAGGUAAGCCUGUUAAGUCACGUGAUACAGCCGCCAUUCUCAAUGACUACUUCAACAUAUCCACUGAUACCAUCAAGUUGUAUGAAGACUGGUCGUCACGAGAUGACCACUUCAAGAACAAGAGUAUCAAAUAUCUUGGUAUCCGUGUCUUGCGUCAGGAUCCCUGGGAAAACCUCUGUUCGUUCAUUUGUUCUAGUAACAACAACGUUAAGCGUAUAAGUCAGCUGGUGCAGAAGAUGACUAUCACCUUUGGGGAUCACGUGGCUACGCUGGACGAUCUCAAAAUCCACUCUUUCCCAAGCCCCGACAAGUUGGCAGACACAGAACCGAUUUUGCGGGAGUUGGGCCUUGGUUACCGGGCUAAAUACAUUAGUAAGACUGCAGAAAUGCUUCUUACCAAGCCUGGAGGGGAGCAAUUCCUGCAUGAACUUCGAGAUGCUUCUUUUGACGAGGCCAAGAGUUCUAUCAUGGAGUUUCUUGGGGUGGGACCCAAGGUGGCCGACUGUGUGUGUCUUUUCAGUCUAGAUAAGCAUGACACUGUUCCUGUGGACACACAUGUGUGGCAGAUUGCCCAGAAAGACUAUGGAGUUGCCAGGAGUGCCAAAACUAUGACUCCCAAGGCGUAUGCUCAAGUCCAAGAGUUCUUCCGUGAGAAAUGGGGUCCGUAUGCAGGUUGGGCUCACUGUGUGCUUUUUGCAGCCCAGUUGAGCGACUUCAAGGACCCCAAGUGGGAGGAGAAGAUGAAGGCCAAGAAAGAGGCUUUGGAGGGUCUCGAGGGUGUUAAGCUGGAGGAGAGUGUCAAAAUCCAGGUCAAGAUUGAAGGGAAUGGUGUUAAGUUGGAGGAGAUGGUGGAGGAGCUCAAAACUGAUGUGUCUGAAGAGUUUGUGGAAGUGGACGCGCCCAAAUCGGUUGAAAUGAAACGAAAAAUCGGACUCGAAGAUCUGGGAAGUGUUCGCGUACAUAGAACGAGAUCCAAAAAGGUGAAGCGCUAG